AUGAAAAGUAUCAAGAAAUUAGAACAAGUUGUGAUAGAUCGAAUUGCUGCCGGAGAAAUCUUGCAUCGUCCUUGUAAUGCUGUGAAAGAACUUAUGGAGAAUAGUUUGGAUGCAAAAGCAACCAAUAUUCACAUGAAUGUCAUCUCUGGUGGUUUUGAUCUAAUCAAAGUCAUUGACAAUGGCCAUGGAAUUAAGCUGGAAGAUAUGCCAUUGGUUUGUGAGCGACAUGCAACUAGCAAAAUAGAACAAUAUCAAGACCUAAAUAAACUGAACUCAUUUGGGUUUCGUGGAGAAGCCCUCGCUAGCAUUUCUCAUGUAGCACAUGUAACUAUUACAUCAAAGCAUAUAAACAGUGAAUAUGGUUAUCAAGGCGUUUACCAAGAUGGAAAACUAGUAUCAGAGCCUAAAUUAUGUGCAGCCAAACAGGGUACUAUUAUUAUAAUUCAACACUUGUUUAGUAAUGUACCAUUACGUAAAAAAACAUUGAAAAAUCCUCAUGAAGAAUUUAAUGCUAUCUUGGAUUGUGUUCAGAAAUACGCUUUACAUAAUACACAUGUAUCCUUUAGCUUAUAUAACAAGGAUACACUCUCUAUCAAGACGCACGGAAGCUCUCUAUCGAUUCAAAACCGUGGUACACUAUUACAUCGAAUUCAACACUUGUAUGGUCAUGAAGCCUCUAUGAAUCUAAAGCACAUAAACCAUCAACAAGAUAAAUGGAGUAUCAGCUUGUAUUUCACUGACAUCACUAAGAAAGGCCGAUAUCCUAUGAAGUCUACUAUAUUUGUCUUGUUUGUCAAUAAUAGACUAGUAGAAAAUGCAAAACUCAAAAGAGUAAUGAACCAACUCUACACAGAAAUGAACAAAGGCACUCCUACAACUACAUUUACUUAUAUCAGUUUGACUGUUUAUCCUAGACAUAUAGAUGUCAAUAUACACCCAACUAAAAAUGAGGUUUAUUUACUUGAUCAAGACAUGAUCAUAGAAGUCAUGAAAAGGAUAGUACAUGAUUCAUUUAUUGAUAUUGCUCAAGUAUUACCAUCUAUGGAAAAGAUGAAGCAGACAAAGCCAUUGCCGCCAAAAGCUAC